UAGAGAGCAUUCCAUAGAGCUUGUAACCCUAGAGAGCCUCGUGUUUCUCUAGCAUCCCUGCUUACGCUUUAGAGCGCUCCUCACCUCCCAAACACACCACACCAUGACUGUCGCGCCCUUAAGCAAGGUCGGUCCGCCGAUCUUCUCCGCUCUCGCGCUGUCGUACGGGCUCUGGCUUGCCGCGCGCGCGCAGCCGUUCGGCGGAGAGACUCCGCGCACCAUGACGCGCGAGUGGAUCCAGGCUAGCGACAAGCUGCUCGACGCGUGGCCGCGGGAGGCCGGUCCUCCGGUCGUCGUGAAUCCCAUCUCCAGGCAGAAUGCUCUCAAGAACUGAAGAAGCGGAUUUUACAGGAGGGUUGAUUUCGUGUACCGUACCACUGAUCAGCGGUAGCGGCUUUUACUUGUGACGGUCUCUUCCGAUGAUCAACUGUAAAGGGUUAUAGGGCUGCUGUGUGAGUCCGAAGCAUCGUUCAUGAAUCAAUGCUUGAGACAUGGGAGCAUUUCUUGCAGCACUGAACCUGUAAACGUUUGACGCCUGACAUGGCAUUCCUUCUGUUGGAUCUGAUGGUCAAGGAAUACCGUAUCCUUUUAUUUUUACUCUUCUCUUGCUGGUGCAAUGGCAUUGGUGUGCCGUAAACGAGCCUCUUUGGUUUGAUCUA